GAGGCUGUCUCCGUUGCUGGGAAUGAAGAGCGCUUAGUGAGGGUACAUGACGUGAUCCAGCAAUUACCCCCACCGCACUACCGGACUCUGGAGUUCCUGCUACGGCAUCUGGCAAGCAUGGCUAUGCACAGUCAAAACACCAGCAUGCACAUCCGCAACUUAGCCAUCGUUUGGGCACCCAACCUGCUGCGGUCAAUGGCUCUGGAGUCAGUUGCACAGUGUGGCGCCGAUGCCUUUCAGGAAGUCCGGGUUCAGUCCCUUGUGGUUGAAUUCCUCCUCACCAAUGUUCAGGUUCUCUUCAGUGACACCUUCACCUCCAUUGGCAAGGACAGCACAGGGCGUUGCUUCCUUUCUCGACCCAAAUCCCAGUUGGUCAGCUGCCCUUCCACCCGUUUGUUAUCUCUUGAAGAAGCCCAAGCACGCACCCAGGCCCUCUGCAAGAUCACCAAGCUGGAAGCCAGACGUGGAUCUCCAGAUCCACAGGAGGAUGGGAAGCUCUCUGCUGUUUUGGGAUCACCUAAUACUAGGCAAAAGACAGAAAACAACGGGAAGCUGCGGAAAAUAUCAGGACCUAGUUGGAAGGCUUUCUUCGCCAUCGGCAAGGCCCCCGUCCCCUUCCGCAAAAAAUCACAUCGCUUGGGAGAGAUUUUUGGGCUUGGAGAAUCUUUACCAGGAAGCCGUGGUGAGACAGUCACUUUGCGAUCUGCCAAAAGUGAGGAAUCUCUAACGUCUCAGGCCAGUCUAACAGGUCUCCCCAAAUUGCCUUCCCUGAGACGUCCACAUUCCAGCAGUGAUGCUUUCCCUACCCUCAAACAAUGCCACUCGUGUUCUUCUCUGGGUUCUUCUAUUUCUGGCCACGGUGAAGUCUUGGCCACUGGGGCGGAUGACGUGGCCUCCCGUCGGCGUUCCUCUUGGCUGGAAGGUGACUCGGAGCUGGAUUCAGAGUUGGAAUUAAGUCCUCCUGGACUUCGUGGCCUGGACUUUGACCCACUAACUUACCAGUGUAGCCCUCCUGUGCAGCAACCGUCCUUCUCAGAUGACUCCAGCUCAGCCAGUCCUGUUGCAGCUCUCUCGCCCUGCUCACAUCCCAGCGUCAGCAAAGAUGCAUCAGAAACGUCGGUCUCCUUGCCUGAAAAAGUGCUGGAAAUGUUUGCUAGUGGGGAGUCCAGAGGCCUGAGCUCCCCUCCUCAUAUGAUCUCCAUGCUCCUGAGUACGGCAGGUGGACAACUCAGCAACGCUUGUGAACGUGAAGUCCGUGGCAAGAUUACGCAAGCCCAAGAUCACUUGUCUCCACCCAGUCCGAAGUCUGAAGCCGCUCCUGUCUCUCCCGGUGCAUUGUCCCUGCUGCGGCAUAUCCCGCCAGCUCCUCCGCCCAAGAACCCGGCUCGCCUGAUGGCGCUGGCGCUGGCUGAGAGUGCGCACCAGGCAGCCUUGCAGCAAAAGCGACAGGCCAGCCUUAAGCAGAGGGAACCCCGGACGCAUUUCCGACGCUCUCUGUCGCUGGAGUGCAAGGCAGGGGAGCUGACGAGUGGCGCACAAGCCCUCUACUCCAUGGUGCGCCCGAGCCCCAAGGUACCUGGCUUCUCCCCGCUCCAGGCGCAGCAGGCCAGGGGCAGGAGCAUCGGCAGCCAAAGCCGCAACCUAAAGGGAGGAAGCCAGGUGCCUCUCAGCCAAUCCUCUCCCUUGGGUAGCUCGAAUUCCUUUUCCCCUUACAGGAGGGUCCUCGCUGAGCUAGACCAGAGGGACCCCCAGGCCCUUUCCUUCUCAGAUCCCUACCACCUGUCCUCCCCAUCUCCUGCCUACGGUUUGCAUCCCCCUCCCCUGUCAGUCCCCUACCCAGCCUUCCGCCAGCCUCAAGAUGCCUUUCCUUCGCCCAGCCCCUCGGCUGCCCCGCCCAAGCCUCCACCCCCUCCCCACUUUCCCAUCAUGACCAGUCACUUGCCCCUCAAAACGAGGUCCUCCACUUUUCAGCCCUGCCUCACGGACCAUCCUCUCCGGCAUCACGGCCACUGCCCAGUCUCCCCUCGAGCGGGUGUCAGCGGGAGUCCCUCUUCUCAGCUGGAGCAUGAAAACCUCUAUUACGAGAUAGUGGGGGAGCCUCCUGCAUAUCCCGGCCUGGCCCGCCCGUGGCCCUCUUGUCCGCCCCCGGAGUACCUGGCCACUUUCAAUGCCUCCUACGGGAUCUUCGAGAGGCCCUGGCGCCAGAGCCAUCUCCCCCCGGCUGCCUCCUCUCUGCAACCCAUCUUAAAGAAUUCCCAGCUGCAAAUCCAGUCCAUGCCUCCAGCAGUCACCCGUCAGGAGCCCAUCUACGUCAACGUACCCUUCCCCGAACCCUCUUUGCUCAGCCCCACGCCGUCCCCUCCCCUUGAAGCAGCACAUCCCCGAAGUCAUUCGGACCCGGGAGCUCCUCAGGCUUUGUCCCAGCCCAGCAGACCCCCCCUGCCUCAGAAGCAGAAGCUGGCUUGGGGCUACGCACCCACAGGGCAACACCGCCAACUGAUGGACGUUUUGCCUUGCAGCCGGGCUGUGUGGCAGUUCUACCGCCCGCCCUCCGCAUGUUGGGGUCAUCCCUCUUACAGUCCGGAGCCCAUUAUCACUUACGACGCGCCCGCCCCCCGCUUGGGGAGCCAGGCCUCGGCACCCUUGCAGAAGCUGGAUGAAUCUUCCCCACAGUACGGCAAUGUGGAAAGGAGAGAGGGAUCUCCCUCCGGGUGCUACCUGGGACCCAGCUGGACAGUGUAUGCUGAGGGCCAGACGCACAGCUACUGCUGAGAGACAAGAGGUGACCAGA